UUUUUGAAAAUUUAUUGAUUUUUCUGGAAAUUUAUCGAUUUUUCUGAAAAUUUAUUGAUUUUUCUGAAAAUUUAUCGAUUUUUCUGAAAAUUUAUCGAUUUUUUGAAAAUUUAUCGAUUUUUCUGAAAAUUUAUCGAUUUUUCUGAAAAUUUAUCGAUUUUUUGAAAAUUUAUCGAUUUUCUGGAAAUUUAUUGAUUUUUUUGGAAUUUUAUCUCAUUUUUACUUCCCAUUUAUCUAUUCUUCCUGGAUUCUGUUCUUUUUUUUGAAUAACUUUUUUUGUAGUUUUACUGUUCUUUUUUUUGUUGAAUUUCUCCACUUUUCCCCCUAUAUUUCUCAAUUUUUCACCCAAAAAUUCCCCCAAUUUUCACUGUUUUUUUUUGUUUUUUUCUAUUGUUAUUUGUUAUCAUCCCACACCAUGUUAAGCCCUUUUUAAUGAAAAAAAUCGAUUUUUUUUGUUAAAAUUCACCUAAAUUUUGUAGUUUUUAUUUUAGUUGAACAUUUUCAUCCUCUAUAGUAUUUUUUUUUGGAAAAAAUCAAAAAUCAAAAUACAUUCAUUUUUCAGCCAAAAACUCACUUUUUUCGCUAAAAAUCAUGAAUUUUCAGUUAAAAAUUCAAAAUUUUCAUUGAAAAUUCAAAUUUUUCACCCAAAAUUCCGAAUUUUCAGCUCAAAUCAAAAAAAUGGAAGCGGUACACUGCUUCCGGUGUUACAAAUUUCCGUCAAAACAAAUCGAAUUCUAUCUGACAAAUUGUAUGCAUAUGUUCUGUAUUGAAUGUGAACGAUUAUGUCAUCCACCGGAAGAAGAACCAUUGAAAUGUAUUCAAUGUUCAAAAACACCGAUACGAAUCGUUAAAAUGGGCCCCGAGCUGCCGAUGACGAUAAAAUCAAUGUUCACCCCAAUUUCGGAGGAAAUCAAUCAGUAUACACGUGAUUUGACACGUGUUUUAACAUUCCAACACCGCCAACGGGCGAGUUUAUCGACAUUUUUGGAACGAAAAGUAGCGGCAUUCGAUCGACUACGUGAUGCUUAUAGUGAAGAAAAAACCAAAAAAGAACACUAUAAAAAACAACUCGAAGAGGCGUACCACCUGCUCAAAUCGAAAGAACACGAAAUUUCGAAACUAAAAAAGCAACUGGCCGAGCAGGCUCCGCCCCCUCAGACUCCGCCCCGUUCAAAUUCUCUGAAAGUGGCGAGUUCGCGGAGUCUGGAGACACCGUCAAUGAUGCGUGUAUUCAGUGAUUCAAUGUAUGAGACGCCCGUUCAAAUUCAGAGAAGAUUUACGAAGGCACAGGCGAAGGCAGAGGCCGAGGCCGAGGCGCCUGCCAAAUCGCCAGGUUCAAAAGCACAAACUACAAAAUGCACGUCAAAUUAUCAGUCACAUCCGCCGGCAUCCUUCGAGACACCGAUUCAUCAUCCACCGAAAACUUCAAUGGGAUUCACGACACCGGCCAACCCGCCGCACAUGUUCCCGUACUUGAAAAAACAUGAAGCUCAAAGAGAAAAGCACAAGGAGCAUCGGAAUAGUCAAUGAAUCGAUUUUUUUUAAUAUAUGUGUCGCAUUUUAUCAUGUAAAAUAUUGCAGAGUUUUUAUAUAAAUUUAUAUCGAUUUUUCUGGAUUUUUCUGGAUUUUUCCGUAAUUUAUAAAUUAAAAGAAUUUU